AUGUUGGUCACCUCUUCUCAAUCGUCUGCACAACGACCAUUGGGUCUAUCUGUUGAAGAAUUAUUUGCAUUAGAUCGUCAAUAUCGUCGAAUAGAACAACAACAACAACAACAACAACAGCAACAACAUAUAGCACAACUACAAGCACAAACACGUCUUACGUCAUCAAAUCUUAAUCGUAUAGGUAGUCGUUCACUCGAUCUUGUUUCACCACAAUCUUCAUCACAUCCACUAACAAUUCUUCCUUCACUUGAAAUACAUGGUCAUGGAUAUACAAAUCGACCACAACCAUCACCAUCAUCUAUUCCUAAUUAUUCACGAUCGCAUUCAAUAGAUCAUAUGAAAUAUAUAGCUCCACCUCCACCACCUCCUAUUUUAAAACAUACUUAUCCACAAAGAUCUACAACAAAUGAUAUUGGACAUCAAAAUUAUCAACCAAAGUUUAGAACGUAUUUACCACAACCUAUCAUGCCUGUUGGUAAUAUAUCAUCAUCAUCAUCAGGAAAUAGUUUUGUAUAUGCUCCCCCUCCACCAUCAAUUAAUUAUACAGAUAAUCGAGGGUCUUGUAAACUUCGUCGACAACAACCCAUUAAACGUGAAUCAUCACGUCGAAUUGUUGUUCGACCUGUUGUACAACGACGACGUGAACCAUCAUUAAGUUCAUCAUGUGAAUCAUUAGAUGAACGACGUUCAUCAUUUAAUCAUUAUCUUCCAGUUCAAUCAAAUAUUUCAAAUCAAUCUGUACCAUUUACACCAUCAGCUUCAUUAAUGGAAGAUGUGAUUAAUGGUUUAACGGAAGAAACUAAUAAUUUAGCACGUAAUCUAUCGUUUAAUGAUUCGUUAUCAGAUGAUGAUGAAGUAAAUUUAUAUGAAAUGCGUGUACCAAUUGGUAAAACAUAUGAUACAUCAGAUAUAAGUGUACAAUUAGAAGGACCAAAAAUUUUAAUUCAUUGUCAUACAAUUGAACCAACAGAUAAACGUGGAAAUUAUCGUAAACAUGAAUUAAAAACUGAAUUAUUUGUACCCGAUAUUGUUGAUGAUGAAACAAUAGUUGCUUAUUUAACUGAAGAUGGACAAUUAAUUGUUGAAGGAAAAUAUCAUUUAUGGGCAUGGAAAGAAAUUAAAAAAAAGAAACGUAUUGAACAAGAACAAUUAAAAAAUGCUUCAUCAUCAAUUAAUUCAAAGUUAACAUCGACAAAAGAUAAUGGAGGAGGUUUGGAACAAGACACCACAUCAUCAAAAUCAUACACAUCCAACAACAACAACAACUCAAUUAUAAAUAAUAAAAUUGAAAAACUAGAUAAUAAUCGAACUGUCAUCCAUGUUGGUGAACCAUUAUCAUCUGAAAAAUAUAAUCAUACAAAAAAUAUAAUCAAUCGUUUUAAUUCAUUGAAUAAAAAUGAUUCAUUAAAUAUAUCAGAUGGACAAUAUUCAUUUAGUAAUGAUAUUCCACCAAUACUUAUUUAUUAUUUUCGUUUACCAUUUGAAACAUUAACAGAUGCAAUACGUAUUCAAUCUGAUCCACAAUUAAAUAUAUUAAAAAUUUUUAUUGAACAAAAAGAAAAAAAUGUAUUAGAAGAACAACAACAAAAUAAAAUAAUUGUACAUUCAACAUCACGUCUAUGUCGUUUACCACGAGAUUAUACAUAUGAUUAUAAUCGUUUACGUGUUAAUUUUGUUAAUAAUAAUUUUAUUCGUAUUGAAAUACCAACAUUAAAUUAA